AAAUUUCACCAAAGAAAUUUGCAGUAUGCCAUGAUAGUAACAAGAAUGAUUUAAAAUAGAAAGUAAACAAAGGAUGGUUAAAAGUUUCCUCAAGGGAAUAAAACAAUUACAGAUCAGAACAUAACACAAAAAAAUCUUCUUAUUGAUAUCAUUAAGUUCCAUGGAAGGGUUUGAUGCUAUUUAUUAUGAAGAGGAGGAGGAUAUUGUAGAUGAAAUUGAACCAGCUAAUAUUUCACUGGUCCCAGAUCCUGUUAUAAUACGAGGUGCUGGUAAUAUGACUGUGUUUGGCUUGAGCAAUCGUUUCAGCACUGAUUUUCCGUCUGGCCUGGUUUCUAGAGUAGCUCCUGAAGAAUUUAAGGAAACUGUUAUGCGAAUAAAUACAAUAUUGAAAAAAACAUUACCUGUAAAUGUGAAAUGGCUUUUUUGCGGUUGUAUAUGUUGUUGUUGCACACUUGGAUGUUCCUUAUGGCCUGUUAUCUGUCUUAGUAAAAGGACGCAGCAUUCCUUGAAUAAAUUAUUGGAAUGGGAAAAUAGUUAUCUAUAUAAUAAAUUAGGAUUACAUUGGCGCUUAUCCAAACAACAGUGCGAUUCAUCUUCAAUGAUGGAAUAUGUAAUACUCAUAGAAUUUCUACCGAAAAUUCCCAUAUACAGACCUGAUUAGCCCUAGUAUACGUAAUUUUGUAUAUAUUUAGUAAUAGAAAUAUUUACUUAUACAAGAAUCUCAUAACUAAAUUCUACUUGUGAAUAUUAAAUCUUUGUGAUAAUAGAAAAUAAAAAAAUGUUGAUUAUGCAAAACUAUUGAUCCUCA